AUGCUGCCUUACCUGUUCCCUGACCUGUCCACCUUUGCUACAGUCGCCGAUCUUAUCACCCACCUUCGCACUAGUGAUGCUCGCCUGCGUGCCGCCCUUCCCACCGAGUUCUGCGCUAAGAACCCCCCUCCCCUGUACUGGGCACUCCACUUCAUAGUCACCCGUCUCCCUGACACCCUCAGCUCAGUGCGCGACUAUUUCCUUGCUCGCUGUCCCACUGAGCUCACUGUCGCCCUCCUAGAGGAGAAGCUGCUAGCAGCCGAGAAGAGCAUUGUAGCUGUUGGUGCUGCUCGCGGCGCUCCUCGCACCCCCAUCUUUGAGGGGUGCUCUCCCUCUCCCCUCGCUCCCUCCUAUGCUACUGCUGCUGCUGUUGACUUCCUUGGUGCUGAGUCUGCUGGCGCUGCUUCUGCUCCUGGUGGGAGGCGCCGCACCGGCAAGGGCAAGGGGGGCAAGGGUGGCGGGGGUGGCGCUGGGGGGGGAGGGGGUGGGGGAGGUGGGGGGGGAGGCGGUGCUGGAGGGAGCGGUGGCGGGAGUGCCGGUGGGAGUGGGGCCGGCGGCGGAGGCGGGGGCGGCGGCGGGAGCAGUGGCGGUGGUGGCAGCGGCGGCAGUGGCGGCGGUGGCGGUAGUGGCGGUGGCGGUGGCGGUGGUGGCGGUCGGAGCGGAGGUAGUGGCGGCGGUGGAGGUCGGAGUGGAGGCACUGGCUCGGGCCAGAGCUCCCAGCAGCAGCAGCGUCCCCAGUCGACCCAGCAGCUUCGUGAGUGGCUUGCUCAGCGUGGGACGUCGGGGGGCAGUGGCCGCUGUUCCUAUGUCAUUCGCACAGGUGAUCGCAAGGGGCAGACGUGUGGAAAGUUCCACACUCAGUACCGCUGCUUCUUCCGCCUUGACGACGCUUGGCGUGAGGAGAUGGGCGAGGAUGUUGAGCGCCCUCGCUGGGCUGAGCUGAUGAGGGCUGGUGUUGAUAUCUUUGCUCUUGACUAUGAUGCUAUUAUUGCUGCCAUGUAUGCAUUGACUGUUAGUGCCGAGGGAGACUGUUACUUGUGUGUGCCGCCUGACCCAGGUAUAGGGCCCGCUGCCCUAGUCCUUGCCCAGUCCACCACUGUGCUCCCUUGUCCGGCGGUUCCGUCUGGCUCGUUGACGGGUUUCCACCUCCCCUCGUUCUCGACGAACCUGGUGAGCAACGCUGUCCUCCAGGAUCAGUGGGUUGACACCUUUACCCCUGGAGGACAGCGUGUGGCGAUCUGCACGUGCUCCAGGACCGGCCGUCACCUGGCUACGUUUACUCGUCGGCCGGGGUCGAGUCUCUACACACUGACCACUGCGUCUCCUCAGGUCGCUGCUGUCGGUCAGGUGUCCGCGUCAGGUCUGGUGGCCCACGCCUCCCGCGUUCGUGGCCAGGGCGGUGAGCGGUACUUUUUGCUGGUUGUCGACGACUACUCGCGUUACACCACGGUCUUCCCCUUGCGCACCAAGGGUGAGGUCCCUGCUGUUCUGAUCCCUUGGAUCCGCACUGUUCGUCUCCAGCUCCGCCGCCGUUUCCGGACGGAUCUUCCUGUCCUGCGUCUGCACUCUGACAGAGGUGGUGAGUUUUCCUCCGACCUCUUGAGGACCUUCUGUCAGGCGGAGGGCAUCGAGCAGACCUUCACGCUUCCGGACUCCCCACAGCAGAAUGGGGUUGCUGAGCGCCGCAUUGGCCUGGUCAUGGAGGUCGCUCGUACCUCCUUGGUCCACGCGGCGGCUCCCCAUUUUCUGUGGCCGUUUGCUGUCCGGUACGCCGCGCAUCAGCUCAACCUCUGGCCCCGUGUCUCCUUGCCGGAGACCUCGCCCACACUGCGUUGGACGGGGGAGGUUGGCGAUGCGUCGCGCUUCCGGGUGUGGGGUGCUCGUGCCCUUGUCCGCGAUACGUCCGCGGACAAGCUCUCCUCCCGCACGCUUCCCUGUGUCUUCCUUGGCUUUGUCCCUGACGCGCCGGGCUGGCAGUUUUACCACCCCACCUCGCGCCGGGUCUUCGCCUCUCAGGACGUCACCUUUGACGAGUCGGUCCCUUUUUACCGUCUCUUCCCCUACCGUACUGCCCCCCUCCCUCCCCCGCCGCUUUUCCUUGCUCCUGGUCCCCCUCCGGUAGACCCCCUUCCCCCUCAGGGUCCUGCUCCUUCAGGUGUCUCUCAGGUAGACCCUCCUCCCGUCGCUGAGCCUGUCGAGGUCACAGUCUCUCACACCACAGCAGCUUCGUGA